AUGGUUGGCCCCAAUGAAGUUUCACCGGAUGUAGUGGACUGUCCGGUGCUGAAGUCCUGGUUGGCUAUUCCUUCCCUCUGUAGCCGUGGUGCAGAAGGGAAGAUGGCUUACGUGCUGAAGGACAACAUUGAUCGGCAGACAGUGUCUGACAAUGCCGACAUGCUGGAACCUUUAAUUUCUGAACUUGGUUUGCGCAUCGGCAUCAAUCAAGUCACUGACCUUGUGGGACGUUUCCUGUUUCUUUGCCGGCCCCGUGGCAAAGCACUUCCAAAAAGUGAUGCAAUCAGGACAGAGGCGUGGAUCAUUCGACGACUUGUGACGACUUUCUCACAGGUCACGAAGCGACCACAUGUUCCACGAGAUCCACAACUCAGAAAGUUGUUUGCGGCUGAGAUGAUUCCGAGCCUUGUGCUGACGAUCCAGCUGACGUCGAUGGAGAAGGUGCAGUUUGGCUGUCCUUCGUGGACCUCUGCCCUCAAGACCGGAGUUGAGACGAUUGCCGUCAGCGGGGCCUUCUUGUUCGUCUCCUGUGAUGGUGACACCGCCUCCUUGCAGCAACCGCUUGCUGAGGCAAAGGUCACGCGGUUGAAACUCUUGAAAGAGCUCGAGAGGGAGCGCAUGGUGUUGCAAGAGUUGAUGGCCAAGAGAUCCAACAACAUGAGUGUGGACACUUUGGACACUCUUCCUAUGGGCGCUGAUGAGAUGACCAUCAGAGCUGAGAUGCAGGCCACCGUCAAAGUCCCGGCCAAGCGUUUUCGAGACGAGGGCCAAACCAGAGCUACUGAGGGAGAAAGCAAGGAUGUUGUUAAGGGACAUGGUGGGAGUGGUGGUAGUGGUGGCAGUGGGAGUGGUGAGGUGACAGGUGAUGAAAACACGUUGGUACCAAGAGCUGCAAAUGAAGCCAACACUCCCAACACGGAAGCCAGCGAACAGGAUACCAAAAAGUACAAACAGUACUGGAAACAAUUUGCGGCCCCCAAACCAUGCCCCAAGAAUGCUAUGGAAAACAAAGCCGACCACAAUGAGGCCACAGGCAGCAACAGCACCGCCAUGAAAGCACACGCAAGUGUUGAUCACAAGGAUGCACCAGCCAAUACAACAUCGGCAGCAAACAACGAUGAAACUGAAGCAGCAGCAGCAGCAGCAGCAGCCACAGCCCCGGAAGACAAGUCUGUUGCAACUUUGCCCACGCCAGCAGCUGUUAAAAAUGAGCCAAGCAUUUCGCCAGCAGAACAAGCCAAACAAAUGGACAAUGACCCUGCUCCCAAAAGGGGCCGUCCAAAGAAAAGGUCAGCAUCCACUGCAGCAACCAAACCCAAAGCAAAACCUCGUGCAUCGAGAGCAAAGUCCAGCGAAGCAAAGUCCAGCAAACCCAAGGCGAAAGCAAAGGGGAAAGCUAGCAGAAAGGCAAAGGAGGAGGCAUGUGAUGAGGAAUGCGAGGAAACACCUCUUGAGGAGGACGAUGCUGAUGAAGGGAAUGAGGAGCAAGAUGACCCUGAGCACAGCGAUGAUCAGUCCUUACCCGGAACUGAUCCCACUGCCGCAUCCAGCUAUGAGAAACCCAAGACAAAGACUGCAGCCAGCAAAGCAGACAGCAAGAACGCAGCACCCAAGCGCAAAUCCAGCAAGAAGAAGAUCGAGGCAAAGAAGGUCGCUUCUACCAAGGAGGCACCCACAAAGAAAGCACCCAAGGUUGCAAAGGCGAAGGCUAAGGCAAAGCAGAGCAAGAAGGGAUUGGAAGAGGGAAGCAAACGAGCACCACAAGAAAGGACUGCUGAGCAAAAGGCCCUUUUGAGUCGCAAGUCUUGUGCAUACAAAAAGGCUAGGAAGGCAGCAAGGGAUGCAGGGUUGUCGGAGGAAGAGGUCAAUGCUGCUGCUAAGAAGGCGAAUGCCAGCCAGAGCUUGUGGCUGGAAGAUCCGGGCCAGCCUUUCAGGCAUGACCUGGGAUACCGUGUGGCCUCAAUUGACUACACUUACAGCGAGAAACACCACGACUUCCUGAAGGUUUACUCUGUGAGGUUCUUCAUGCUCCAGCACGGUGGCACCUCCAGCAAGCCCACGAUCUUUUGGGGGAACAUGUCCACCAUGGGAGACUUGAACAAGGGGGCAUACCCGUCUGGUCUUGGCAUCAGCCUGGAGAAGUUGUACUUGGACGAGCUCCAGCGCCCUGUGCAGGGAGACUUGCGGGUCAACAACUCGCCAAACCCCAAGUUUACGGAUAAGGAGAUCUUUAUGGGGAUGAGCCUGGGUGAUACCUGGGAUGAUGCUGACAUCAUCCCAGCAUUCAACUACCUUUACAAGUGCCGGCAUGUCAGGAUCCCGCCAGAAUGGCAACCAGUGAUGAAGGAGUUCCAUCAAGAGUUACAAAACCACGCACAAGAGGAGAAGAUCCGUCUUUUGAGGGCAUCAUUGGCUUCUGAUGGUGAUGAGGCCAAAGACGCCCCACCUCUUAUCGAAGGUGCCCCUGUCAUUGCCCACAGCACUGGUCACUAUGCUGCGGGUGCCCCUGAACCAGCAACACCGCAGUCUGUGGAUGGAAGAGUCAAAGAGAAAGGGGGAUCCCUGAAAAGGUCCUUUGUUUUAGGUUCUGAGAGUCUUCAGAGCCCACGUGCUUCAGUGCCCAGACUAUCUCCUGCCCCGAGUCUGCAGUUUGCCCCGACCUUCGUGGACUCUUCCGGCGAGGUCCCUCAGGAUGCCCAGUCGCGACAUGACUGCAGCCUGCCACGAUCUCGAUCGGGCUUGUGGGAUGAUGUUCUAGAGCCUCUAGAGGAUGAUGGAAAGGGUGGUGGUGAUGCAACCCAUUCGCCCCACACAGUUUCUGGUGUUGAUCCUGGUGCUUCCAGUAUGCCAGAGAGUGUGAAAGGUGUUCAGGAACCCGAAGAGAAGGAUGCCCUCUACUGGAAGAAAAUGACCGACACAGCUUGGGCUUGGGCUGCCAAGCACAACCAGCUGAGAACUAACCCAAUACAUGGAGAGGAAGAGGCAAAGUUGGUUCUCGAAGAUGGCUUCUCUUAUGAUGAAGUUGAAGGUGAGAGAACAGAGCAACGAGUCACGAUGGAUGUUGAGGACCCUGACUUGAACUUCCUUGAGGGUGGCGUUUCCAACUUGAACUCGGCCUUGGACAUCCUCGCUCGGGCUGAUGACGGCUCAGCAACUGAGCGGCCUGAGGACCAAGCGGCGGCAAGCUCUGGCUCCUUUAAGCUCUGCUUCCCCACCAUCCAAGAGAACACUUCAGCUGUUGCAGUAUUACCUCACUUCAUUGAAGUUUGUGGCCGGAAGAUUGACAACUGUGGCUCCGUACUGGACUGUAAUAAGGAUUUCCCAAUCAAUCAGAAAAUGAGGCAUGCGAAGCAAAUCAAGAUUCACGUCGAUGCUAUGAAAAGUACCUACAUGGAGUUGGAGAGCUUGCAAGCUGAAAUGGCUGUCACUCGCAAGUCGAGGCCGGAUGCACAGAAGGACAUCCUGAGGCUAUGUGCUGCCUGUACCAAGUCAGAUGUUGCCUUGAACAACCUCGUCCUCAGAGCACGGUACUUUGGUUCAAUUAUACCUUUAUUUCAAAUGAGAGGAAGAUACCCAGCUACAUCCCAUUUACUAUUUACCCAUUAUAUUUGCCAUCUAAUCAUCCGCCACUGCCCAGGCAGUUCAAGGCACCUUCAGCGGCUAAGCCUCGCAAGUCCGCCAAGACCCCAAAGAAGAAGGACUCCGGAUCCGGAUCAGAGCCUGCAGGAGUGA